AUGGCGGGGGACACUUCAACGGAGCUUCUUUUUCUGGAUACGUUUAAGCACCAGAGUGCAGAGUUAACCAACGUGGAUGUGGUGCGGUUUCCUUGCGGGGUGCUGGUCACAGAGGUUCGGGUCAUUCCUCCAGGGAUCAAGGCUCACAGCAACCUGCCUGACAGCAGAGCGUUUGGGGAGACUUCUCCUCACGCCUUCCAGUUGGAGCUGUUCUUCAAUAAUGCCGCUAAACCCAACAGCCCCACCUUCCACAGACUGGGCAGUCUGGAGUACGAUGAAAACAAGUCCAUCGUGUUCAGGCCCAGCGGGAAGGUGAACACAGACGGCCUGGUGCUGCGUGGCUGGUACACCAGUCUGACGGUGGCAGUUUAUGGGACGGCAGAGCGCUCGCAUGGACACGACCAGGACUCGCCGCCUCCUCCUCCACCUCCGCCUCCUCAGCAGCCGAGCGGGCUCAAGAGGAUCGUUAAACAAGAAUGGGAGAAAGAUGACCAGUACAACGGCAGCCCACCCAGACCGGCACCCAGAGGCCCUCGUACUCCACCUGGACCUCCACCUCCGGACGAUGACGAGGAGGAGCAGGUUCAAAUGACGGUGGGUGUGAUCAAAGACGAGCCGUGCGAAGGCCGUGACGACUACCUGGAAGCCGUCUCACCUGAAAGGUCGCUGCCUGCCGACGAAACCUACUCAGACGCCGAACAAGAGGAAGAGGGCGACGAGGAGGAGGAAGAGGAGGAGCAGGAGGAGGAAGAAGACACCCGGACCGAGGGGAGUGCCCCUGAGGAGGAGGAGGAAGAAGAGGAGGAGGAGGAUGAGGGCGAUGAUGGCUACGAGCAGAUUUCCAGCGAUGAGGACGACCUUGACAACGGCAGUUUUAAGCUGCCCACCUUCGACAUGGACUACACCCCUGAGGAUCUCGCGUCCGUCCCACCGGUCCAGUACGACCCGUACGAGCGGGAGCUCAGACCACUGCUCUACUUCACUCCUCCGUACAAGACUCGCUUUGACACCCAGUUUGAGAAGGCCAGCGUGGACGAGCCCCGGGACGCUGGUGGAACAGAAGGAGUCGGAGAGGAGGCCGAGGCUGUUUCUCACCUGAAAGAACUGCUAACUAGCAUUGGCAACGACAGAGACGCCCGCUGGGUCACCGCUCUGGAAGAGGCACCCGGACUCCUGACCAAAGGGCUGGCUUAUUUAAUUAAACAGGGAGAGGCAGAGAUGGAGGACCACAUCAGAGUUUUGGUGCAGUGGACCCUCCAGGCUCUGAGUAUGGAGGUUGCUCUCACGCAGCCCAUCGCUCUGAACCUCAGGCAGUUAAAAGCCGGUGCGAAGUUGGCUUCAUACCUGGCCGAGUGUCCACAGGGCCUCACGGUGCUGCUGCGCGAGGGGGCCCUGAGCGUGCUGCUGGAGCUGCUCCAUGCCGACCACGUCUCCUCCACGCUGAAGCUGAGCAUCCUAAGAGCUCUUGACGCUCUGAUCAGCGCUCCUGCCGGGGUGGAGGCUUUUCUGCACGGAGGAGAUUCAGAGAAGAGCGGCUAUCAGCGUCUGGUCCAGCUGUUCCUGCGUGAAGAAACCGUGAGGGUCAUAACAGCUGGAAAUGCCAUACUACAGAAGAGCCACAUGUACGAGGUGCUGGUCGACCUGCAGCAUGCAGCAGCAGCGUGGAGCGAACCGCAGCAGGAGGAGAUGGAAGAUGCAGAGAGCCCAAUGGAGGAAGAACCGUCGCUGAGCUCCCCCCCUGUGAGCGAAGCAGAGCUUGAUAGGAUGGCAGGCGUUCUGGAGGAGCUCCAUCACCUGCUGGAGACGGCUUCUCACUGCAUGGUGCAGCCGCCUGGCAAAGCGUUCCCCACCACGGCUAGAAUAACAGGCCCACAGGAGAGGGACAACCCAUAUCCAACUCUGUACAGGUAUAUGCAUGCAAGUCAUUUCCUGGAGAGCACGGCGGCGGUGUUGUCAGCGGCGGCUGCAGCCGGUCACGUCGGUGUCACCCAAGCUGUCAGGGAGCUGCUGCGCUUCCUGUCCAUCACCCAGUCAGGCCUGCUCUUCCUCCUGGCCCAGCCGACGCCCACCAACCUGCUGCUGCGUCUGCUGGCGUCGAUGGCAGAGUCCGAGGGCGAGGAGAGCACGUUCACUGGAGGAGACGGAGGCGCCGCAGGGCCCGGGUUUGGUGAGGAGGGCUUCGGCGUUUGGCUGAUGCAGGCGCUUCACGCUCUGCAGGGCGUGUCGGAGCUCAUGAGCCACGUGGCUGCAGGGGGAGACGGCGGCGCAGGACUGGAGGAGGGUGACAACGCGGAGGUUCUGGGCAUGCUCCACGCGCUCUACCUCAUGACCUUCACACAGACGGGCCGCAGUGCCGUAGCGCAUGUUUUCAGCCUGGACAACAACCUGUCCUGUCUGGUUACGCUGCUCCAGCAUCACAGCAAGGAUGGACAAGGUGAAGCCAAAGCGCGCAAAGCAGUGACCUACAACUACGCCUGCAUGCUGGUGCUGCUGGUGGUGCAGACGUCCAACGAGCUGCGGAUGAUGGAACAAUACGCUGCUCCGCUGCUCACUUUAGCCAAAGCAGAUGACACCAAUGCCAAGCUACAGGAGCUCAACAAAUGGCUGGAGCCUCUGGAGAAACUUCGCUUUGAGAUUGGCAGCAUUCCUACCCUCAUCGACUACAUCAAGCAGAAUGUGGAGAAUGUGUUGACUGCUGAGGGAACCGGGCUGGUCACUGCUCUGAGGGUCCUCUGUCACAUUGCCUCCCCGCCUCCGGCUAUAGAAGGUCAGCAGAGGGAUCUGAAGUGGAGUCUCGCCGGCGUCCAGCUGUUCUCCGGGGAGGGUCUGGACACUUGCGUUCGUGUCCUCCAGAAGCUGUGCAGCGUCUUACUGCAGCCAUGGCGCGUUCACGGACACAUGGGCCCGACGCCGCAGCGCUGCAUGAUCCUCAGCGUGUGCAUCAGCACGCUGCGGCUGCUGCGCACCAUGCUGACCGAGCUGCUCCGCGGCGGGGCCUUCCAGUUCAGGGACACUCGCGUCGCCAACGUUUUGGUGACGCUCCACAUGAUCGUGUGCUCCAUUCCUGCGUCGGGACGUCUGGACGGGGAGGAGACCAGAGUGCAGGCGCUCAUCGUCGAUGUGCUGCUCACCUUCACACAGGGCGUCAACGAGGAGGUGACUCAUACAGAAGAGACUCUGGCCAGUAACACGUGGUCUCUGAUGCUGAAGGAGGUUUUGAGUUCACUGCUAAAAGCUCCUGAAGGUCUGUUUUCUGGUCUGACGCUGCUGUCGGAGCUCUUGCCUCUUCCACUUCCGAUGCAAAGCACUCAGGUGAUUUCAGUCCAAGAUGUGGCCGUGGCCUUAAACACCAGGAAGCUGUGGAGCAUGCACAUCCGGGCGCAGUGGAAAGUGUUUUCCGAGGCGCUGCGCUGCGUCUGCGCCACCAGCUGCCCUCCCCUGCUGGCCAUGCUGAGGAGAGUGUGCGUUCAGCUGGCGGACCUGUCUUCGCCCACCGCCACGCUCAUCAUGAAGACGCUGCUGGAGCUGCUGCUGGAGGAGCUGCAGCCGGUCGAGGGGAAGGGCGUCUGCUGGAGCCAGGUCCUGCGUCUGCUGUCGCUGAUGGACGCUCUGGUGUCUCAGAGAGCCUGUAAGAGCGCAACGCUGCACCUGCUGUCGGGUUCGGUUUCUGGGGACGAGCAGCUGGCCGAUCUGUUCCCGCUGCUGCUGUCUCUGUUGGUUCCUCCGACCGAUCACUCCUUACAGCAGCAGCAAUGCAGCGUUCUAGUGGGGACGAUAUUACAGUCACUGUGUGACCAGGACAUUUCUCUGGUGGUGUCGCCGCCCGGUGAAGGAUGUGUGUCGGAGGCUGAGCAACUUGCCAACGCACUUCCUGGGCGAGAGAUGAUGUCAUCAGUGUGCAAUUCCCUGUUGGAGGUUUUGGGGAACGCAGACAGCAGCGUACCGCUCCUCCUCACCUGCAUCAGGACUCUGACGUUCCUCACAGAGCACGACUACGGACUGUACCACCUCAAAGUAGCACUGAAGAAACACGGAGCGGGUUUGAGCUCGCUGUUGAAGCGGUUGGUGUUUUCCUUCAACAAGGACUCGGCAGAUCUGCUUUCAGCUCUGCUCGACUUUCUCAGGCAGAUUCUCAACACAGAAACAAUGUGUGUCGACGAGGCUCAGGGCUCUGGCGACGAGUCCGUCUUCGUCCCUCCUCGGCUGCUGUCGGGCUCUGAGAUGAAAGCUCUGCUGCAGUGGGAGGAGUCCGAGUCGCAUCCGCUUCCUGCUUUGGAGAAACAGAUUACGAAGCUCUGUAAAGAAGAUGAUUCACUGGAAACCAUGUUGGAGAAUGUGAUUGUUCUGAGGCAGACGUUGGAGACGGCAACAGAUACGCCUCCUGCAGCUGAAACUGAACCCACUCUGCCUGCUCCUGAAGCACUGGGAGCCCAGUUUAACCACAGGACGGUGUUUAUUCUGUCAGAAGCUCUGGAUGAGCAUCUGAAGGCUCUCUGGUUCUCGCCCUUCCAAACUGAUGACAUCGAAGCAGAUCUCGAUAUGGUGAAGGUGGACCUGGUGGGUCUGGCUCAGGAAUGUUGUCCAGAACUGGACCUGAAGGCAGAACUGGAGCGCUCCUUCCUCUCAGAACCGUCCUCUCCCGGUCACACGAAGGCUCCUAAAGGCUUCCGACUGGGCAAACACAAACACGAGACCUUCAUCACAUCGAGCGGUAAAUCCGACUACGUUGAACCUGCUAAAAGAGCUCACAUCAUGGCGGCUCCUCGCGGCCGUGGGGGUCGAGGAGGGUUUGGACAGAACGUCUCCCGACCCCACGACAUUUUCCGCCUCCGCAAACAGAACACUUCCCGUCCUCCCAGCAUGCACGUGGACGACUUUGUGGCGGCGGAGUUUAAAGACAUUACAACCCCUCUUGGGCUGUUGCCCCCCAAACGCCCCCCGAAGAGCACCCCCAAACCCCCCACCAGAGGACUGUUCACCGGCAACAGAGGCCGAGCCACCUUCCACAGCCAGACUCGCUUCUUCACUCCACCACAGCCGAAAGGUGUCCUCCUGUCAGGUAACUACACUCGAAGAGAAGGAGGCCGAGGGUCGUCGUGGAGCGCCCAAGUUCCCGCCGUCACCCACAGAGGAACCUACAGCGAACCCCGUGGAGGUCAGAGCAACUUCACACGAGGACCUCUGCCGUCCAGACAGCCGCCAGCGAGUAAGACGCUCACACCUGCACACGCACGUCUCUCUCGGUUUUGCAUCCAGAGUGCCUACACACUGAGAAUAAAAACAGAAUGCUUCGACUUCUCCUCUCCAGGCACCUACCGACUGGCCCCGCGGGAUCGUGCCCCGAGGGGUCGGGGAGGUACCGGGCUGUCGUGGCUCAGCGGGGGAGGCGGCGGCGGUAGUGCUGGGGGAGGCGGCGGGGGAGGUGGCGGUGGAGGUGGAGGAGGAGGAAGGGGGUCUCAGGGGAGCAAGUUCAGCGGCGGGGGAGGCAGCGGAGGUGGGAGGGGCAGACACGUCCGUUCCUUCACCAGGUAGACCCACCUGGACAGUGACUGCGGCCCCUCGUGGCGCCAAAUGGACCAAUCCGGAUCGUGCAUACGCUAUCUCCAUGGAAACGUGGCAGUAUGAUGUUGUCACAAUGGCGUACAGACUGUGUUGAUGUUUUAUGUUUUGUUAUCAUGAGUUGUAAUCAGAAUAAAGCUGAUAGUAAAUAAAGAUACACUUGUGUUUUUAAGCAAA